AUGCAUAUCCAAUUAUUCUUCAAUAAUUUAUGGGCUGCUGUGAUAACAAGUGUGCAUAAUCUAAGGUCAAAACCUGAUGAAUGUUACUCAGCAAAGUCACUACCGGGGGUAUGGAAUGACAUAGAUGGAAUUGAAAAGGAUCUAAGGAAAAAGAAUAUCCAUGUUAAGACAGUGUUAGUCAAGCGACCGGCCAACAACGGAUUCACUUGGAAAUGUGGGCUUACCCCGUAUGGAUCUUUCACUGUGAAUGCUCUCAGAUUAAAGUGGGACUACCGGCCUCCAUUGACCAAUACGAAAUUCCAAUGGAUAAAAGAAAUCCCACUGAAAGUCUCCUGCUUCAUUUGGAGAGCAAAUUUGGGUAGAAUUCCAACAACUAUGGAGUUAGUAAAAAGAGGGGUGAAUAUUGAUACUUCAAUAUGCCAGAUGUGUGAUGAAAAAGAAGAAAGUGUUGAUCAUGUUCUUGUAGAGUGUUCUUAUGCAAAGAUGGUCAUGGAAGGAAUAAUGAGGUGGUGUAAGGUGAAUAUAAACAUGGAAGAUCUUCGAGCGGUGUCGGAUGUCUUGAACUUUGCCAACAGAUGGGGAACAUGCACAAAUAAACGAAAGAUAUUCCUGGCAAUUUGCUACUCUACACUAUGGAGAACCUGA